AUGCAAAUCCCUUUCAUAUCACCUCGAGCAUGGAUAAAGUCUCUAAAAUAUUCCGUUACUGUGAAAUGGAGGCCAUGGACGAUACAAGAUAAAGUCCCUGGGUACAUCACGAGUUAUGUUAAUAAGAUGACAUUUGCCACUGUGAAAGGAAGCGGGCACACGUUAGGGUAUAAACCAGAGGAGAGCUCAAUCUUGUUCAAGAGAAACGGUUACGGUACCUUCACGAAAGUGAAGUUCGCUGAGAACACUGCUUCCGGUGAGAGCGUCGCCAUGAAAACUGUGGAUCGUAGCUCCAUCAUCAAGCGGAAGGUGGUCGAUCAGGUUCGUAAUGGACGUAGUGAAGCAGAACCUAGGAAAUACUUAGAGAAGCUUAUCGAUGGAGUUCAUUACUGCCAUGGUAAUGGAGUCUACCACAGCGCUUUAAAGGUGAUACCUUGCCUUGCUGAGAAUCAACAAACUUUUUAA